AUGGCCCAACCUCAGUUCGGUGCUGGCACUUCUGCGUCAAGCCCCAGUGUCUCUGCGACGCCUGGUGCCCGCCAGCAAUCGCAUCAGACCGGGCCGUCGUCGGGAGCUGGAGACACACCAGGCCAGCCUCAGCAACAGCAGAAGCACCAGUCGUCGUCUCAGGCGGCUGGCCACCAAUCCUCAGCCCAGAAUCCUCAACACAAGCGCGUUUACCAGGCCUGUAUUCCAUGCCGCCGCCGCAAAGUGCGGUGCGACCUAGGCAGCGUCGACAACCCUCAUGACCCGCCAUGCGUGCGCUGCCGCCGUGAGAGCAAAGAAUGUUUCUUCUCCGCCACUCGCCGGAAACGAAAGACCGAUGACGAUGAAGGCAGCGACGUCGACGAGUACAUCAUUCGAAACGGACGUAAAAGGCUCCAUGCCGGUGAAAGCCCACCACCUCGUCUCGACCCUCGCUUCUACAGCGAAGUCCCGCUCACUCCCGGCGGCUCUCAUGGCCGCAGCCAUCCUCUGCGCCGACCCGACGGGAGCAAGCCGAGGCAGCGCAGAGAUUCCGAGCUCGAUGGUGACGGCGAUGCCAAUCUGGAAAACCUCGAGGCCCAGACAGCUAUGCGCCGUGCCGUGUACAACCCCCAUGACGCGCUAGACCUACUCUACAAGGCUGCAACCGAUAGGUCUGUUGUCGAGUCGUCUGGCAAGAUGGUGAACAGUGCUGACUUGAGUAGUCCCGCUGCGAACAACCAUGGACGUGAGGAAAGCAUCGCUUCGGCAACUACAGCACCAACCCACCAGCCCACGCCACAGGACACCGCGAAUAGAGACAUCCCGAGACCGAGAUCUAUGUCCGCCGCGAAGCCCGAGGCAGAACUUCAUGUACCCCAGCGCCAGUUUCAAGAUACCGCACCGCAACAGACACAGCAACGGUCUGUGGAUCCUGUUCUUGCGCAGCAACCAGCUUUGAGAGCUCAACCUGGAUACGCAGAGGCCUUGCGUGCUUGGUCACGGUUCCGUUUUGUUAGAGCUGGUUGGUUCACUGCUCAAGAAGCUAUAGAGUAUAUUGACUACUAUUACAAGUACCUGUCACCCAUGACACCCAUUUCACCACCAACCUUCAGCGACCCCGCCUCCCAUCUCACGCUCCUUACCGAAGAACCAAUCCUCACCGUUACCCUUCUUACAAUCUCCUCGAGAUAUCGUCAAAUGCCCGGGACUGGAGGUCACUGUCGUUCGCAUGCCAUUCCAGAGCAGCUUUGGACCUACCUUCGAGGAAUGAUUGAGCGUUGUCUGUGGGGUCAAGAAGCCUUCGGUGGCGGGUUCUGUGGCUCUGGUGGCCCUGGUUCUUCGUCAAUGAUUAUGGAGGAGACGGAAACAAGCAGCACUGCGCCUUGGCGCGGCAUGAGAAAAGGCAGUCUGCGAACCCUGGGAACCAUUGAAUCGCUGCUGAUUUUGACCGAGUGGCACCCCCGUGCCUUACACUUCCCUCCUCAAGAAGCCACCGACGAGCUCAUGCUUCCUGAUUACAACAUUGGGCCGACGGCUUCGUCUGACGACCCAAGCAGAAACGUAGGUGCUGGCUUUGGGGGUAAAAGAAUAGAGAGCUGGCUCGAGCCGGCUUGGAGGAGUGAUCGCAUGUGCUGGAUGCUUCUCAGUACUGCUAUGGGUCUUGGGUACGAGCUGGGUGUCUUUGAUGACAUUGAUGAGAUGCUCAAGGACGAUACAAUUACGCGCCCAGAGUACAUGGACGAAACCUACAGAACGAGAGCCAACCGUAUCAAGCGCUUGUUACUCAUUUACACCUCCCAGCUGGCUGGUCGGUUGGGCUGGACAAGCAUGACUCCAGAACACCUUCGCAAAGCUGACCCAGCAGUGGCAAGACGGCGCACCGCAACCAACGAAGGAAACACCCCGAGCACAUCCUCCAUGGCGAACGGUUUCAACUACGUGCCGGAUCUAGAACUUGAUGAUCAAAUCAUCCACUGUUGGGCCGGAAUCAGUAACGCUAUGCAUGUUGGUAAUGAAAAACUGUUUCGCUCCAGAAAAUACACCACGGAAAUCAUCCAGUCAGGACGAUAUGUGGAGCUACUUCGAGAGUACAGUCCUUUACUGAAGGACUGGUAUCGGGAAUUUGAACUUUUCCGCCUCCCUCAGUUUAUCAGGCACAUCCUUACCAUUGAGUACGAGUAUGCGGUGGUAGAGCGAUGCACCAACAAUGCCGGACAAAAUGCGAACGGCCACGGUGCCGAUGGACAGGCCACAAAUGGACCGACCCAAUUGUCCCCGCAGACAAUGAUAAACUAUGGCAAGUUGCCACUGGGACAACUUGGUGGCUUCACGAUUAAUGAUCAAGAAUACGUCCGAGAGGUCGUUGACGGGUGUCGGAACUUGCUGCGCACCGUGGUCGAGGGCCUUCUGCCAGGCGGCUACCUGAAGCAUGCUCCAGUCCGAACUUAUUUUCGUAUCAUCAGUGGAGCUAUGUUCUUGCUAAAGACAUUUGCUUUGGGUGCCCCGCGAUCAGAUGUAAAGAUCAGCAUUGAACUUAUGGAUGCUACCGUGGAAGCGCUCCGAAACUGUGUUGUAGACGAUGUCCAUUUAGGCAUCCGGUUUGCCGAUCUCCUCGAGACACUGACAAGUCGACUAAGAAAUCGUUUUAUCCAGGCGCCGACUAUGCAGCAGGGUUCCGGCAAGGAUCAAACUCCACUGCCCGAAGGCCCUAUGCCUGGUGUUGCGGCGGCCGGCGGCCAGGGCGACCAUAGUGCAAGCUGGGUGGGCCGACAUGCCCAGAAAUUGCGAGAAGGCCUCACUGGACAAUAUCGUCCCGCUUCCCCCAGCGUCGAGGGCAACAAUAUCUCAGCUACGCCAUUCGACUUGUCCGCCGGCAACUUUCCUUAUCCUAGCGCGUCGUCUAUAGGACCUUCAACACCAGCAGCGCAUGUCGAAAACAAUGGAGCUGCUCCUUCCAAUGGCGUGGAAAUGCAACUUUUCGAGGGCUGGGACAACCCAGGCAAUGAAAUGUGGUACCUACCACCGGGUCCGGCCUUUUUUCAAAACAUGGGAGACAGCUCCGUUGCUAUGACGGCCGAAGGUGUCAAUGUUGGCGGAUUGGAUCUGUUGGAGUACAUGGCAAUGGACCCAGUGCAAUUUUCAAGCAUUGACGGACCCGGUUCGGCGAAUGGGAAUGCCGGGACGCAGGGCUAA